AUGUCCGAUCUUGAUGUUUGCAAUCUUGCUCAUGAUGGAAAAUUUAAAGAGUUAUUUGAGCGCAUUUAUUCUAAUCCAAAGUUGACAACAUUGAAAGACAGUUCUGGUCGAACGAUUUUGCACUGGGCUGUCUGUGGAGGUCACGUUGAUUUGGUAAAGCGUCUCAUUCAAGGAGGAUGUAGUCCUGAUGAGCCGGAUUCAUCUGAAUGGACUCCCUUAAUGAUUGCAGCAUCCGCCGGUCAUGAAAAUAUAGUGACUUAUCUUCUAGAUUCAGGUCUUUCAGUUAACGUCAAUACAGUCAAUUCAACUGGUCAAAACUGUCUACAUUAUGCAGCUUCUCGAAAUCGUAUUUCAAUAGCUAGACAACUACUCCUUGCGGGAAUUCAAGCAGAUCUUCGAGAUUGGGGUGGCAACACUCCUCUUCAUAGAGCUGUAACAAAGGGUCAUUCAGAGAUGUGCAAAAUGCUCUUGGCUGGAGAUGCACUUGAGGGUGCGCCCAGUAAUGGGAAAAUCGAUAAAUGCUCUCCCAACACUCCUAAUGAUGCCGGGCAAACGCCUCUACAUAAUGCCUGUGAAGAAGGAUCUGGUGAAAUUGUUCGAAUUCUACUCGCUGCUGGUGGAGAUUUAUCUGUAAAAGACAAAGAGGGCAAGACACCUGCCGACUUGGCACCUGACAAACUUCGAGUAUCUAUGCCUAAAGACCUCAAACUACAGCCACCCUAA